UUCACCAUCCGCCGUUUGGUCAAAUCCCAGAGCUUCUACUGGACUGUGUUGUGUCUGGUUGGCCUCAACACGUUGUGUGUAGCCAUAGUACACUAUGACCAGCCCGAAUGGCUCACCUAUGCACUAUACUUGGCAGAGUUUGUAUUCCUGGGCCUGUUUCUGGCAGAGAUGUCCAUGAAAAUGUAUGGCCUUGGACCCCAGAACUACUUCCACUCCUCAUUCAACUGUUUUGAUUUUGGGGUUAUUAUUGGCAGUAUUUUUGAGGUGAUCUGGGCUGCCAUCAAACCCGGGGCCUCAUUUGGGAUCAGUGUCCUGCGGGCUCUUAGACUGCUCAGGAUCUUCAAAGUCACCAAGUACUGGAACUCUUUGAGGAACCUGGUUGUAUCCCUUCUCAAUUCCAUGAAGUCUAUCAUCAGCCUCUUGUUCCUCCUCUUCCUCUUCAUCGUGGUUUUUGCUCUGCUGGGCAUGCAGCUGUUUGGUGGCCAGUUUAAUUUUGAAGAUGAAACACCAACAACCAACUUUGACACAUUCCCCGCAGCGAUCCUCACUGUCUUUCAGAUCCUAACUGGGGAGGACUGGAAUGCCGUCAUGUACCAUGGGAUCGAAUCACAGGGGGGCGUGCACGGGGGAAUGUUCUCCUCCAUUUAUUUCAUCGUUCUCACUCUCUUUGGAAACUACACACUCCUCAACGUUUUCUUGGCCAUUGCUGUUGAUAACCUUGCAAAUGCCCAGGAGCUCACUAAGGAUGAAGAGGAGCAAGAGGAGGCCAUUAAUAAGAAGCUUGCGCUCCAGAAGGCCAAGGAGGUAAAGGAGGUCAGCCCCAUGUCAGCCGCUAACAUUUCCAUCACAGCUUUUCUAACACGCAGUCGAGGUAACGCGCACUCUAGCAACUCAUCCAUCUGCAGCGUUAACUCACUGAGUUAUGUCUGCACUCCAGUUCAUCACUACUUGAGUAAGGAGCAGCAAAAGUCAAUGAAGACAAUGUCAGUGUGGGAGCAGAGGGCCAAUCAGCUGAGGAGGCAGAACCAGGCGAGCUGCGAGGCCCUCUACAGUGAGCUGGAGCUUGAGGAGCAUCUCCGCCUGUCCUCGGCUCUCCACAUCCGGCCAGACAUGAAAACCCACCUUGACCGGCCGCUUGUUGUUGAGCCUCAUGACGGGCCUUUUUUGGCCAGCCACCAGCAUCACCAUCAUAAGCCCUGUAUGCCAGAGGAGGCAGAUACUGCCGACGACCCUCCCCCUCCUGUGCCUCACCAUCCCCGCCGCCACCACCGCCAUAGAGAUAGGUAUCGGGCCAGAACGAGAGAGGAGAUGAAUGAUAACGGUGGCACUAGUAAGGGCGAAGGCCACCAUGUCCACCAUAGCAGCUCCAAAGACCACAAUGGCAGCCGGGGCAAAGAUGGGAGGUGCGAAAGGUCCCACAGCCGAGAAAGAGGCAGGAGACAUCACCAUCAGAGCUCAAUGGAUGACAGCGGAGGUGGAGGAGUCAUGUGUGAGAGAGAGCAUUGGCAUCAUCAUUCACACCGGCAGUCUCGAGGGGGCAUUGGGACUGUGAACAGUGGAGGGAGGGGAGCACUAAGAUACUGCCACAAAGAUGGACAUUCAUCUAACAGGGAUGGGGAAAGGAAUCCCAGAGGAGACAGUGGGGCCAAUGGAGAGAGGAGGAGACAACGGAGUCAUGGAUCCAGGGACCAAGCCACAGUUAAAGGAGAGGAGUCCAAUGAGAGAGAGAAGACCCACAGCCAUGGGGACAGGUUUUGUGACCCAGGGGGGGAUUCCCUUGCCAUCUCCCCCCUGCAGGGCUCUGGGGGGAGCAUCUGGCCUCCUGACCAACCAGAGGACUCAGACAACCAGAGGAAUGUCAGAAGAACAGGCCAAACCUCCAUCCAAAUUCCUCCUGUGACCAUCACCUCCCCACCUGGAGAGACCACCCUCAUACAAAUGAACAGCAUAGACUGUGAGACAAUGCCAAUGAAUGAGAAGAGCCUUGGGGAUCUUGGUCAAAGUGGUCCCAAACCCAUCCUGCCUUACAGUUCCAUGUUCAUCUUUGGACAGACCAAUCCGGUGAGGCGGUUAUGUCACUAUAUUGUGAGUCUGCGAUACUUUGAGAUGUCCAUCCUGGUUGUCAUUGCUAUGAGCAGUAUUGCCUUAGCAGCAGAGGAUCCUGUCUGGACGAACGCCCCUCGCAACAAUGUGCUGAAAUAUCUAGACUAUGCCUUCACUGGUGUUUUCACUUUUGAAAUGGUGAUUAAGAUGGUGGACCUUGGCCUGUUGCUCCAUCCUGGAUCCUACUUCAGAGACCUGUGGAACAUUCUGGACUUCAUAGUGGUCAGUGGAGCACUGGUGGCUUUUGCAUUUUCGAGCUUCAUGGGGGGGACCAAAGGCAAAGACAUCAGCACUAUCAAGUCACUGAGAGUUCUGCGAGUGCUCAGGCCUCUCAAGACCAUCAAACGUCUGCCAAAACUCAAGGCGGUGUUCGACUGUGUGGUCAAUUCUUUGAAGAACGUGCUGAACAUCCUAAUUGUUUACAUCCUUUUCAUGUUCAUCUUUGCUGUAAUCGCAGUUCAGCUUUUCAAGGGGAAAUUCUUCUAUUGUACAGACGAGUCCAAGGGCCUGGAGAAGGACUGCAAAGGACAGUUUCUAGACUAUGAUAAAGACGAGGUGGCUGCCAUGCCCAGAGAAUGGAAGAAAUAUGAGUUUCAUUAUGACAAUGUGCUGUGGGCCUUCUUGACCCUCUUCACUGUCUCCACUGGGGAGGGCUGGCCAACUGUCUUGAAGCACUCUGUGGAUGCUACUUUUGAAGACACAGGUCCCAGUCCAGGCUACCGGAUAGAAAUGUCCAUCUUCUAUGUGGUUUACUUUGUGGUCUUCCCUUUCUUUUUUGUCAACAUCUUUGUUGCUCUGAUCAUCAUCACCUUCCAGGAGCAGGGAGACAAGGCCUUGUCUGAAUGCAGCUUAGAAAAGAAUGAGCGGGCUUGUAUUGACUUUGCCAUAAACGCCAAACCUCUGACACGCUACAUGCCCGAGAACACGCACUCCUUCCAGUACAGGAUGUGGAAGUUUGUGGUCUCAGCUCCGUUUGAGUACUCCAUCAUGAUCAUGAUCGCUCUUAAUACUGUGGUACUCAUGAUGAAGUUCCACGGAGCGCCAGACUUUUAUGAAGCGAUGCUGAAGAACCUCAACAUAGUCUUCACCACUCUCUUUUCUCUGGAGUGUAUCCUCAAGAUCAUUGCUUUUGGUCCAUUGAACUACUUAAAGGAUGCCUGGAACGUGUUUGACUUUGUCACAGUGUUGGGCAGCAUCACUGACAUCCUAGUGACCGAAAUCAAUACUACGGACAGGCUGCUGAACCUGAGCUUCCUGAGGCUGUUCAGAGCUGCUCGGCUCAUCAAGCUGCUAAGACAGGGCUACACCAUCCGCAUCCUGCUGUGGACCUUUGUCCAGUCCUUCAAGGCCCUGCCUUAUGUUUGCCUACUGAUUGCUAUGCUGUUCUUCAUUUAUGCAAUUAUUGGGAUGCAGGUGUUUGGCAACAUUGAGCUGAAUGAGGACACAGCGAUCAAUCACCACAACAACUUUCGCACUUUUCUCCAAGCUCUCAUGCUGCUUUUCAGGAGUGCAACUGGCGAGGCCUGGCAUGAGAUCAUGUUAUCGUGUUUGAGUCAUCGAGCCUGUGACGAGCGAUCAGGGUCCCAUGGGAAAGAAUGCGGCAGUGAUUUCGCCUACUUCUACUUUGUCUCCUUUAUCUUCCUCUGCUCCUUCCUGAUGCUGAACCUGUUCGUAGCAGUCAUAAUGGAUAACUUUGAGUACCUGACCAGAGACUCCUCCAUCCUGGGGCCUCAUCACCUCGAUGAGUUCAUCCGGGUUUGGGCCGAGUACGACCCAGCUGCAUGUGGCCGUAUCAAGUACCUCGAUAUGUAUCAGAUGCUGCUCCACAUGUCCCCACCCUUAGGUUUGGGAAAGAAAUGUCCGCCAAGAGUCGCCCACAAGCGCCUCGUCAAAAUGAACAUGCCCAUCGCUGAUGACAACAGUGUCCAUUUCACCUCCACUCUGAUGGCCCUAAUUCGCACAGCUCUGGAGAUCAAACUGGCCUCAGGCAUGGUAGCCCAGCGGCUGUGUGAUGCUGAGUUAAAGAAGGAGUUGUCUACAGUGUGGCCCAGCCUGUCUCAAAAGACCAUGGAUCUAUUGGUGACACCACAUAAGCCUAAUGAACUGACAGUAGGGAAGGUUUAUGCAGCCCUGAUGAUCUUCGACUACUAUAAGCAGAAUCGAGCAAGAAGGCUGCAGCAGCAGCAGCAGCAACAGAGCAUGUCAGGCUCCCAGGAGAAAGAUCUGCCUAUGAUGUUAAACAGUGUGGAGCCUCCCAGCAUGCUUCAGCCACAGCCCAAAUCCCAUGCCAGGUCCCAGCCACAGACCAGACCUAGCUCCAACUCCCUCAACAAUGGAGGCACGCUGUCAGGACAUGACCACAACAUCAGAGCAUCAUCCUCAUGGGUGGUGGAGAAACCCAAGGAAGUGCCCCAAGCUAAAACUAAGAGAACCAUGUCCAGGGGCCCAUCAGAGGACACCACGGACACUGCCGUCAUUCAGGAGUCAGUGGAGAUGAGGAAAAUGAAGACCAGUGCCACUAGUGUAAUUCCAGUACCUGGCUCAGGUCUUGAGAACCAGGGCAAAGCUGCUUCUAUGCCGCGACUCAAUGCUGAGCUGCAGCGGAGCCGCUCACGCCACUCUCCAGGGAUCCAUCUAGCUUCUGUCCCUGAUGCCAGCCCUAUGAAGCGCUCAGCCUCCACUGUCACCCCACAGCGAACCCAGGAGGUCAACCUUAGGGACUACACCUUAGACAAACCCAGCCAGGACCGACCCCACCACCAUCACCACCACCACCGCUGCCACCAUCGUAGAGACAGGGAUAGAGAUAAAGACAGAGACAGAGAUAGAGAGAAGAGGCAGAGGUCUUUGGAUACACCUCUGGGUGAACAACCACACAGCUCUUCUGGCGCACCAGGAGAGCCAGAGUCUGACCUAGCUGCCUCCAGAGAGCGGGCCCACGACCGUGGACGCUCCCACUACAGGAAACACCACUCAUCUGUGGACAAGCAGCGCUACUACUCCUGUGACCGCUACUGCAGCCGGGAACACUGCCACACCAAACCUGCCACCACCAGCUGUGUUGCCUCCCCCAGCGAGGGGCAGGAAAGCAGCAACAAGCAGGGCAGUGGUUGGGUUAAAGGCAGCCCAGUGGCACUGAGCUCCAGUUCGAGCACGCCAAGCCACGGACGUCGGCAGCUCCCCCAGACCCCCCUCACCCCACGGCCCGGGGUAGCCUACAAGACUGCCAAUUCAUCCCCUUUGCACUUCAUUUCCAGCCAGGCCUCUCUAAGUCCUGGUCGGCUGAGCCGUGGCCUGUCGGAGCACAACGCCCUCCAGCAUAGUGGCUCCCACCACCUUCCCUGCCCCGUCAGUCGUAUCAGUUCCGAGCCCUUCCUGGGCCAGAGCCACAGCGAGGCCCUGGGCAGCCUCUAUGGCAGCCUCACGGACCAGCUGGACAUCUAUCAGGAUGCGACAUCACUGUCGCCCAGUACCCGUGCCGGACGCUUAUCUCGGACCGCACUGCCUCGCAUGAUGGGAGCCCUGCUUCCUGCUCCGCAGCAGAACCUUGUGGUGCCCAACGGGUACCACUUCAGCUCUGGGGGUAGCACCAGCCUAGGCUCUGGCAUCAGGGCACCCAGGUAUUACCAGGAGGCAGAGGAGGAUGAAUGGUGCUAGCAUGGCUUUAAAACAAUCUUUUUAAUGUAUUUUUUAGGAAUUGUGAUGAGUUCAUUUUCUUUGAAGGCUUUAGUUUAUAUUGUCGCUAUGUGUGUUUAAUGCUGUAGUUUAAUCCAAUCUUAGAGAGGUUAGGGAGAAAAUCGGAGUAGGGAAAAAGUUUGAAGUAGGUAAUAUUUGAAUGUGAAGAAAAAAGUUUCAUCUUUAUCAAAGGGCACAUAGCAUUAUGAGACAGGAUUAGACUUUCUGCCAAUACCAGAUGUCGUACAGUAGCUGUCCUAGAUUUGCCUUGACUUCAGUGUUUUGUUGGCAGCACCAUAUUGAUCCUUAAACAGAACUUCAUUCACACAACACAACACAACUAUCAGACCUGCUAUGUGUCAUUCAUGAGUCCAGCCUGUCUUCCAGAAAAAAAACAUUCAUGUAAAGACUAGUGAUGUAUUGUGGUAUUCCUCUUCAGGUUUAUUUUUGUCUCUUGAUUACUAGGGAGUAAAGUUUUUUUUUUUCCCAUUAAAGCAUAAAAUGAGGUGCUUGCACUCUGAGGUGAAAGUAAUGAAAAUGAUUAAAAAAAUGGAGAUGAUGAAAAUGUGAACUGAAAACUAAAUAUGGAUGUGAAAUGAAAAGCAGUGUUAAAUUAUCAGGUGAUGUGAUUAAUUUAAAGUUGAUUUGAUUAGAAGAGUUGUCAUAUAUAAUAAAAAAAAAGGUUUCAUCAUUUUCUCUGUCUUACAGUCAUCAUUCUCAACACAAAAUUUAUCAUUUAAGGAAAGUGGCCUCAAGGGUGGGAGGAACAAAAAAAUUAA